UAGCGUUAGCAGUCACUGGCCCUGCCCACAGCGGAAGUACUCUUACAAAAAUAAAGAGUGCUGCCUGGAGGAGGAGCUCUGCUCGCAUUUUCAUUGGCUCAGACUGAGGAAGGCGCUUGAGAAGUCAAUGUGUGACGUCUUUAACAGCUGGGGGAAGUAAAUGAACAAGCAGAAAUCCUGCAGUAAAGGUGUUUUGAAACACUGGAAUGUGGAGAAGAGCGGCGGUAAAUGGACCUUGGCUGUCAAUCAGAUUAGUAAACGCAGGUUUUCAUGAUAAGGGCAAUAUGUCUCGUAAGUUGCACGCGAGAAGAAUCGAAGGAAUUGACAAGAAUAUAUGGGUGGAAUUCACUCAGCUGGCUGCUGACUAUAAGGCUGUGAACCUGGGUCAGGGGUUCCCUGAUUUCUCCCCUCCUAGUUUUGUUCAGGAGGCUUUCUGCAAAGCCCUGAAUGGAGGUUUCUCUAUGCACCAGUACACGCGUGCUUUUGGCCACCCAAAUCUUGUGAAGAUCCUGGCCAAGUUCUUCAGUAGGAUUGUUGGCCGGGAAAUAGACCCAAUGGAGGAUAUCUUGGUUUCUGUAGGAGCAUAUCAAGCACUUUUCUGUACCUUCCAGGCUCUCAUUGAUGAGGGCGAUGAGGUGAUUAUUGUGGAGCCAUUCUUUGACUGUUAUCAGCCAAUGGUAAUGAUGGCGGGUGGAACAGCUGUAUAUGUGCCCCUUAAACCAAGAGAAGGCUGUGGUCCUGUUCUAUCCAGUGCUGACUGGGUGUUGUCUCCUGAAGAGUUGGCGAGUAAAUUUAGUCCUCGUACCAAAGCCAUUGUCAUUAACACUCCUAAUAACCCUCUUGGCAAGGUCUACCAGCGGGAGGAACUUCAGAUGAUUGCUGACUUAUGCAUUAAACAUGACGUCAUUUGCAUCAGCGAUGAGGUGUACGAGUGGCUCACAUAUGAUGGAACAAAACAUGUGAAAAUCGCCAGUCUGCCAGGUAUGUGGGAACGCACUGUCACCAUUGGGAGUGCAGGCAAGACUUUCAGUGCCACAGGAUGGAAGGUGGGUUGGGCAAUGGGAUCAGGACAUAUCCUAAAGCACUUAAAAACCGUCCAUCAGAAUUCAGUGUAUCACUGUGCCACAGCUGCCCAGGAGGCCGUAGCAGUAGGUUUUCAGAGGGAGUAUGAUGUAUUUGGCACAGAGGAAAGCUAUUUCCACCAGUUACCCAUACAUCUUCAUGAAAAGCGUCUGAGGCUGGCAGAUUGUUUGAAGAGCGUUGGCCUAAAACCUAUACUACCCCAAGGAGGAUACUUCAUGAUCGCAGAUAUCUCAAAUCUUAAUGUUGACCUUACUGACCCUAGUACUAAAGAUGAACCCUAUGACUACAGAUUUGUGAAAUGGCUCAUAAAAGAGAAGGGACUGGCCACUAUCCCUGUGUCUGCAUUCUACAGCCCGGAACACAGAAACGAAUUCCAGAAAUACAUCCGAUUCUGUUUCGUUAAGGAGGACACAACCCUGCAAGCAGCCGAGGACAUACUGAGGCAGUGGAGUGACAGCAAAUGAAAAUGACAAAUUUUGACAGUACAGGCCUUGCACAGACUGAAAAACCUGAAACGCAAGAGAUCUUACAGCAUAACAAAUCUAAAAUGAGACUGGUUUGUAGCAGUUUGGGAUAUGAAUAGUUAUUAAAAAGAAAAGUGUUUGUUAUUAGGCUUAAGAUUGACUAUAUGCCAGACGAACAGAUGGUGCUAAUUGCAUCACAAAACAGAGGUAUGAAAAUCUUGCAUGGCAUGUGUGGUUAAAAAAAGAAAUGAGAAUCAUUGUUCCCAUGAUAACAAUCAAUAUAAUGUCAUUUUAGAAUCAGUAUAAUUUUAUGCUAAAUACACAUGAGUGGGUGCAAUCUUUUCAGCCGGUUAAGCGUUAUUGUUCUUUGAUUGUUAUGUUCUCUCGCUUUUUUUUUUUUUGGCAUUGUAUUGCCACAUAUUUCCUUCCUCUCUGGAUUAUACCUUGAACUGCAUCACUGCCUGUUAUUACUGGAUCCACUCCGAGUUACAAAUGACACAUUAAUAGAUUUCAUUUCAUGUUAAACUGUUUUAUUAAUUUGUACAAUGUAAGUGUUAUGUUGAGACACUUUCAUAAAAAAAAUAUUGCAAACUACCUCGUUCAUCUGCAUGUAAAUCUAAAGGAACUUUCUUUGUGGAUGUUCUAAACACUCACCAAUUACGCAAGUUUUUUUUGACACUUUUCUGCAGGAGAAAGCCAUAAAGUGUCAUUUUCACACACUGCUCUUCUGUGGUAAAUUUGAGUUUUUAUAGCACACUAAUUUCUAGCAUAUAAAAUUAAAGCAUAUAGCCUUUAUUAUUAUAAUUGAUCAUUGGGUAAAUGAAAAAGCAAUAUUCCCAUCAAUAUGGCCAAAUCCACUUCAACCUAAAAAGAAACAAGGUCAUAGUGGGGAAGUGGUACAGUUCCCUUUUCAUCAAAAAAUAAAUUGGACCCUUUCCAUUAAUAAUAUACAUUAAAAUGUACAUAAACACUUACUACAAUUAGAAUGUGAAUUAUUGAGAGGUAUAUUGCUGAAAUUUACUCAGAGGUCAUAAACAAUCUACUCAAUAAUAGCAAAAAUUUCAGGAGAAAAUGUAUGUUCUGUUAGAUUUCAGGAAUAAAAAUGUGACUUCA